GAGAACCACUGCUGCACAUAAACACUGGACUAGUAGGGACACGUGUCUAGGUAAGGCUGCAGACAGUUUGCUGCUGAAUAAUUCAGUAGUGUGAAACGAGUCAUUUUUUUUCUGAGGAAGAUCUGCUAGAUGUAGGCGAUGUAGAAAUCCUUUGCUUCUGAAUAUGGUCCCAUCCAGCACCGCCGGAUAUGACGUCAAUAUGAAACUAGCGUUUCCUUACGCUCUUAUAACUAAACGCUAUCAGAUCGGUUGGUGGUGCAAUGUAUGAACGGGCAUCCCCACAGCUGGUCAGGGUACCUCCAUGAAUGUGUUUUCUGAAUAAGUGAUUCUCAUUUUGGCUCUAAUGUUUCUCUUACGGUUGUUGCCCGUAUUCUGGGCUUUAUCGGUUAGGGCAGACUUCUUCCAUUUUGAUAGCAUAUCGAACGUUUCUACGUACUAUUUCAAUUACAUUUAUUGUAAUAUCUGGGAGGGGGAAUGCCAGCCAAAUCAAGAUGAUGCGACCCAACAAGUUCCAGCUAGGGAUCUGUGGCCGGGAUUCCCACAAGAUUAUAUCCGUAUGCUCAAUGAAUGGUACUGUAGUCUGGGACAGUGUUGCGAGUCCGGUGACUGUCGGAUUACAAACAAUAUCACAGGACUUGCCAGAGACCUCCAGCAAAAGCUUCAUGGGCAGCACCUGGCCCAAGCAGUGGUUUUGAAAGCCGUGCAGGGCUUCAUAGAAAACCCAGACUCCAAUAAGCCCCUCACCCUCUCCUUCCAUGGCUGGUCCGGCACUGGAAAGAACUUUGUGGCUCGAAUAGUGGCAGACAACCUGUAUCGUGAUGGGGUGAAAAGCGAGUGUGUGCGUCUGUUCAUCGCCCCCUUCCACUUCCCUCACGUCAGACUCGUGGACGUAUACAAGGGUCAGCUUCGGGAGGCUAUCAGAGACAUGGUGCUGCGGUGCCCUCAGACACUUUUCAUCUUUGACGAGGCCGAGAAGCUGCACCCAGGCCUCAUCGACGCCAUCAAGCCCUACAUGGACCACUACGACAACGUGGAUGGGGUGAACUACAGGAGAGCCAUAUUCCUCUUCCUUAGUAAUAUAGGUGGUGCAGCCAUUAAUGAAGUGGCACUGGACUUUUGGCACUCUGGCCAGAACCGAGAGGACAUUGGAAUGGAGGAUCUUGAACACCGGCUACGUGCAGAUGCAAUGGAGGCACAAGGCGGUUUUUCCCAGAGUCAACUGUUGUCAGGCCAUCUGAUUGACUUCUUCGUGCCCUUCCUGCCGUUAGAGUACCGGCACGUCAAGCGCUGUGCCCGGGACGCCUAUCUCGCACGAGGCAUCCAGCCCAUAGAGGCCACUCUGGACGAGGUGGCGAAGGCUAUGUUGUAUGUGCCCAAGGAGGAGAAACUGUUCUCAGCACAGGGCUGCAAGUCCAUUCCACAAAGAAUCAAUUUCUUUUUGCCCUGAUUGAGCGCCUCGUAAGCAGCCCAAAGAAACAUUACCUUGAAGUAUUGGGGUUGUAGUUGACCGCUCAAUUUCAACACAAAACCAGCCUAAUAGUUGUUCGACAUGUGAAUCCCCGAUUACCCACUGCCAAUGAACAGAGCGAUGGGGAGUCUGGUUCAAAUCCCGGACAGUUUUAGUCACUUUUUUUGCCUUCAUUGUAACACUACUGAGUUUGUUCAAUUGUCAUUGUGUAGGCUUUUAACCAUAAGCACUUUGCAAUAUGAAUAAGAAGUUUAAUGUAAUUUUACUUUAUAUGUUUAUCUUUUUAUACUGUCAAACUCAGCAUUCACUGCAAUGCUGGUACUUCUUCUAAAGACCCAUAGUAUUGAUGUCCUACUGAAUGAGAACAUUGAACUGAACAGUUUACCAUCAAUUUGUUUACAUAAGCUGUUAUUUGACAUGGUAUACUUUUUGUACAAAGAACUAUACAUGCUAGGUGAACAUAACCACUGUUACAUCCGUGUUCUUUUUAUUAUGUGGUUGUCUCACUACAUGUUGAGUUCAAUUUGUGCCAAAGUGUGUUACAUAAUCCCUGAAUGCAGGGGCUGGGUUUUUUUUUUCAUGCACUGGAGGUCAGAGUUUGCACAAAGCCCUGAUAUAGUCAUGUCAAAGUUAUUGUAAGUGUCCUAGAUUAUCACAGUUUUUGUCUGUCUCUUCAGAAUUUAAUAUGUCAUUUAAGCUUUGAAUGGUUAUGUUAGUUGUGUAUUUGCCCAUUUCAGUGCACUUAAAUGCAUGUUUAAUUACUUCCAUGUUAU